GCUUCGAAGAUGACACGACGUAUCGUAUGACCGCAAGCGCCAGCUCGCUUCGUCAGGAUUAAGUCAGACUGCAGCAUAAUAGAUACAGCGAUAUUGUUAGAUGCAAUGAUGGAUUCAUUCGGAGCUUUUCGGCAUGAUCGAUGACGUGAAGGGACCAGUCGGCGAAGACGCUCAACCAGGUUUGUGUGUGUAUCGACUCAUCCCACGCUUGAGGUAUCAAUCACGCCACCUAUUUUCUGGCGUGGCUCAGUGCCUGCAAUUUAUGGAGAAAUUACUUCCCCUUAAUCAAAGUAGCCAUGUUGCACCAGCCUCACCAAAAUGGGACGCUGAGCAGGCAACUUUUAGGGGAGCGCCAAUUGAUCAGACGUCUACCGUACUUCAUUGUGAUAUAGAGGCUGGAGUCCUGCCUAGCCCCUCACAAUUCGAAGCACAUCGCCAAACUUGGGCUGGGAUCCUGCAGCUUACACUCCAGGCCCGCAUCACAGUUUCAAAGGAUGGCCACCUUUCAAGGACUGCAGCGGACGUCUAUAUCGGGAAGGUGGCAUGCUCUCUUCUUGUAGAAGACAAUAAGGACGUUGGUCAUUGUCGGACAAGCAUUCGGGGGCACCCGCACGUGUUAUCCCGCUCAAUGGAGGGCGAUUUGCCAACAUAGAGAUUUGGCGAGCCAGUGAUUCCGGACUCGACCGAGAUCUGCAUGAUUCGCUUUCUGGGCAAAAAUCACUGAUCCUUUGGAUCCA